AUGCCAGACACCUGGAACGUCGCGGCCGCGUUGCAAGCAGGGCCACCCGAGACGUUCCAAUUUCGGGAGUUUUGUGAGCGCACUCCAGGAGAUGCAGAACUUAUCCCGUGUAAAAACGGAGCACCCGCCUGAGCAGGCCUGUCUCCAUCCAGUCUUGCCUGCUGCCCACAACUACACCUUGGGUGCCGCUCCCCAACAUGAAAAGCGUUUGCUAGUUGACGUUUUUCAAAAGUUGCCGUUCUCGAAUCAACAGGACCAUGAUAGCACAGGUUUUUUUUUUUUGUCGAGUCUCGUCUCAUACGUGGGUCCGAAUAUCCUUAGUAUUAUACUGGAUUUGUUUUGCAGGCUUCCCAAAAAGAAUUCGGGUGUGUACGUUUUUACAAAGCACGGGUGUGUACAAAUGGAGCACGUGCUUUAUGGAGGAAUUCAAAGUCACUAACUGGCGAGUGACCGGCGUGAAAAGUUUUAUGGCCCGCUCAAGUGGUUUUGCACUCUCAGACGUUACAAUAAAAGCGAAGAUUUGUGAUACAAGAAGGGCACGAUGGCGAUCUGGCUCACUCUUACAGGAAUUACUUAUACGCAUGACGCCUUUCGGAGUGCGAAACAGCACUAGAACCCGGCUACAUUUAAUGUAUUGCAAAAAGCGGAACGCUCUGUGUCGUGGGCCUCAUGAUGAUUAUGAUGCACGAUAUAACUCAGAGUCAGACUGUUCUGUUGAUGUAACGCUUCAGAUUGCAAAAACACAUGAGCAGGUGAUAAGCUUCGAGUCGAUGUUCGAAGGUACGGCCGGCAUGUCUUUUCCGCUUUUCUGGGAUGUUUCGAAGGCGCGAGACAUAUAUCCUUCACAACAUAUUGUUUGAUGACGCAUUGACCACGUCACCUCAAGACUUCGGAAUUUGUUCUGCAUCACAUCGCUGGUUGUCAUACUAAGUAGAAAUCUUGAUAGAAAGCCUCACGCAUGAUACCACAGAGCUGAAAUCACGAUUGAAUCCGAGCUAGUACAACUGCAUUACAAAUCGAGCUAUAAAUAAGUCCCCCCGUUAAAGUGCUCACUUAGAACAAGUACUAGAGCAUGACAAAGACAAGGAAGAAAAGUAAGACGAGAAUUAUGCUUCUCAAAGGCUGCGUGGGCACACACUUGCUCGGGGCAUUCAGAUUUGCUUGCCAGGUACUAUGAUGUCGGUGCGUCGUUAAAAUAUUUUUGAACAGGAUAACACGAAGGGCAUGUUUAGUAAGUCGGACCUCAACCAGGACCUCAGCACGUGGGGGUGGGACGUGAGUGCUGUUAUGAACAUGGACGAGAUGUUCGAGAACGCAGACGCAUUCACCGGGCAAGGUCUGAGCACCUGGACCGUGAGUAGAGUCACGAGCAUGUCUAGGAUGUUUCAAGAGGCCGCGAUGUUCAACGGCGACCUGUAUGAGAAUGAAAAAUUAUUGUUAUCCGUACUACUCCCAGACCCGAGCGAUAUCUGUGAUGCUGGAUUCGUCGUUCUGUACACAAAUAGAAAUAUUUCGCACCACUUCCAUUUGAAGUUCAGGCAGAUUGUGGGCCUGAGUACUAGGGACACUUGCGCGUAUUUUUUGAACAUGUCAGGCUUAUGUAUGCAGCUCCGUGGCCCCAACAGCAUAAGAAAUCACCCACAUCAGAAGAAUGCGUUGACAACCUCUGUCGAAGGCAGGUUGCCUUCUUGCGAAGACGAAGGAGUAAGGACAAGGAGUACGAAAAUAACAUCACAGAAUGUAAACGUCUGCUUUGGGUAUGGGGAUGGAGGAUUUUUCCGCACAAGAAUCUGAGCACGUGGGACGUGAGGGCCGUCACAGCCAUGGACCGGAUGUUCUCCGGGGCCAGCGUGUUCAACCAACCCAUUGGCGCCUGGAAAGUGAGUGCCGUCACAAACAUGAGGGGCAUGUUCGAAGAGGCCAUCGCGUUCAACCAACCCAUUGGCGACUGGGACGUGAGGAUCGUCACAGACAUGGAGGGGAUGUUCUACGAUGCCAGCGCGUUCAACCAACCCAUUGACGCCUGGAAAGAGAAAGUGAGUGCCGUCACAAACAUGGCGCACAUGUUCGGCGGGGCCAUCGCGUUCAACCAACCCAUUGACGCCUGGAAAGUGAGUGCCGUCACAAACAUGAGGGGCAUGUUUGCCUUUGCCGAGGCGUUCAACCAACCCAUUGGCGCCUGGGACGUGCGUGCCGUCACAAACAUGGAGAAGAUGUUCUUCCAUGCCGAGGCGUUCAACCAACCNCAACCCAUUGGCGCCUGGGACGUGCGUGCCGUCACAAACAUGGAGAAGAUGUUCUUCCAUGCCGAGGCGUUCAACCAACCCAUUGGCGCCUGGGAAGAGAAAGUGGGUGCCGUCACAAACAUGGCACGCAUGUUCGACGGGGCCAUCGCGUUCAACCAACCCAUUGACGCCUGGAAAGUGAGUGCCGUCACAAACAUGCAGUUCAUGUUCAAAGGGGCCAUCGCGUUCAACCAACCCAUUGGCGCCUGGGACGUGAGUGCCGUCACAAGCAUGCGCGGGAUGUUUUUGCACGCGAUCGCGUUCAACCAACCCAUUGCAGCCUGGGGGGAAAAGCUGGGGCCCAAUGGAGCCCGGGGGCAGGGGGACGUCGACGUGAGCGAAAUGCUAUUCGGAGCCAAGUCUUUCGAUCAGAACAUGCAGGGAUUCGAGUCUUUGAUUAAAAGACAAAGAGAAAGAGUCGGCACCUACGAAAACAUGCUCGGUCAGGCGACGAGCUUCAACUGGCGCAAAAACUGGAGCGGAGCUUUCUUCGACAGCUUGACGGAAGAAAUGCGGACUAGGCUAGGUUUUCGAUCCGAUUAGCUUGCCCACGAGUAGUCUAACGUGUCGUUAUUACGACCGCUACGAAAGGAUGUAUCGUACGAAAAAAGUGUUUCACUGUAAGGAUUUUGCACGUUUUGCAUCACAGGUUUGUUCUACAGCACAGAGAAAAUUUGCCAUGCAAGCUUCCUAAGUGGAAACACAGCUAAAAAUCCACUUUCUUGCAUGUGUAGCAAGCCAAGAAAUACUUCUCAGAUACAUUUUCUGCAUUACAAGUUGACAGUGAAACAGUUUUUUCUUGCGAUAGGAUGGUAAAGGCGGUCAAUAUGAUCCAGUACAAGGGAAGGGCGCGAACCUCGAUAACGUCCCUGACAAGAAGGAGCUUUACUCAUGCAAGACUUUAUUUUUGACGGAGACUUUAUUUUUGACCUUGACGAGCUUGUAUACCCGCUGCGGGUAUCGAAAAAAAUAGCAAGAAAGGAACUAGGACGUGAAAAAAAUACCAAUAAAGGCACUGCCAAGCAUUCAUAUUUACGAAAAAGCCCCCGACUUGUUUUUGUUUUUGCACUGCCCCCAUGAAGUAGAAGACAAUACGCAUUGCGGUCGAAGCGGCAGGCGCAGGUGUGGGCGUGGGUAUUAAAAAGGGCCAGCCUACUCAGCUUCUGCCGGUCUUCGGUCGAGACUGACACUACCGGCAGGGCGAAAGACGUGAAAAAAAUACCAAUAAAGGCGCU